AUGUCCGGACCAAACGCCUACGGCACCCCGGUGUCCGACACAGCCUUCCGCAAAACCUGGGACCGGGAAGAAUACGCCCAGAAAGCCGCCGACGCAGAAGCCAAGCGCAAAGCCGAAGGCAAAGCCCGCUAUGAAGCCAAGCUCCUGGGCAAGAAAUACCACGCCCCAGUCGACUUCAGUGCACUGGAAGAAACCACAGCGCGCAACCAGCGGCUGGACGUUGCGUCCAUGGUCGGCAAGACGAUGAUCGUGCCCGCGGGCGCGGGAAUGGGCAAGCGCGGACAAGGCGCCGGAUUCUACUGCAAGGACUGCGAUUUGACCUACAAGGAUAAUUUGCAGCUUGUGGAGCAUUUGAACAGCAAGCAGCAUUUGAUUGCGACGGGGCAGAGUGGGGAGGUGAAGAGGGCUGGUGUUGAGGAGGUGCGGAUGCGGUUGAGGAUGCUGGCGCAUCGGAAGAGGCAGAGGGAGGAUGAAGAGCGCAGGGCUUGGCAGCUUGAUCUUGGGGUGCGGCUUAAGGAGCGGGAGGAGCUCGAUGCAAAGGAGAGGGAGGAGAAGAGGAGGAAGCGGAGUGAGAAGCGGAAGAAGGUUAAGCAGGAGGAUGAUAGCUGGGAGGGCCGGUUGGGAAUCAUUGCUUGA